GGGCCGCUACUAAAGCCUGAGCCUCUCAGCCCCAGGCAGCCUGGGGAGGGACUCGGGCAGGGACGGAGCUCCGCGCGCUGGCUGCGGGCGGGUGAUGGCCCUGCGAGUCUGCGGGCUCCCUCCUCACCCACUGUCGGGGGCGAGAGGCUCUCCGGAGCGCGAGGAUCUGGGCCAGCACUGAUUGCAGGUCCUAAGCACCCAGAUCUCUACACCCAGGGCGUCCACCGACUCCGACGAAAACAAGGAUCCGCACUCCCUUCCGCUCCUCGGGGUCCUCCAGAUAUGUACCCGGCGCUCAGGACUCGGCGCGGAAAAAGAAGUUUGCUCAACUUGGACCUAAUGACCUCUCCACGCCGUGCGCCUGGCUGCCUGGAUCUGGUGUGAACGGCGUUGUCCGGGCAGACUUUUCUGCCGGAGGGCUUUCUCUGCGUGCUGUUGUUUCUGGGAUUUGUGUGUGUGUGUGUGCGCGUGUAUGUGCCGAGACUCCUACGCCCACCGCCUCUGAGUCCUGGAAGAAAGGGGCGUCUCACAACGCCCCCCAGCAUCCAAGAAAAUGGGGAGCAAAGCCUUGCCAGCGCCCAUCCCGCUCCACCCAUCACUACAGCUCACCAAUUACUCCUUCCUACAGGCCGUGAACACCUUCCCCGCCGCCGUGGACCACCUGCACGGCCUGUACGGCCUCAGCGCUGUGCAGACCAUGCACAUGAACCACUGGACGUUGGGGUACCCCAACGUGCACGAGAUCACCCGCUCCACCAUCACCGAGAUGGCGGCAGCCCAGGGCCUGGUGGACGCGCGCUUCCCUUUCCCGGCGCUGCCCUUUACCACCCACCUGUUCCACCCCAAGCAGGGGGCCAUUGCCCACGUGCUCCCAGCCCUGCACAAGGACCGGCCCCGUUUUGACUUUGCUAAUUUGGCCGUGGCCGCCACGCAAGAAGAUCCCCCGAAGAUCGGAGAUCUGAGCAAGCUGAGUCCCGGGCUGGGCAGCCCCAUCUCCGGCCUCACUAAAUUGACUCCGGACAGAAAACCUUCCCGAGGGAGGUUACCGUCCAAAACGAAAAAAGAAUUUAUCUGCAAGUUUUGCGGCAGACACUUUACCAAAUCCUACAAUUUGCUCAUCCACGAGAGGACGCACACGGACGAGAGGCCGUACACGUGUGACAUUUGCCACAAGGCCUUCCGGAGGCAAGAUCACCUGCGGGACCACAGGUAUAUCCAUUCCAAAGAAAAACCCUUCAAAUGUCAGGAGUGUGGGAAAGGAUUUUGUCAGUCUAGAACUCUAGCAGUUCACAAAACUUUACAUAUGCAGGAAUCUCCACACAAAUGUCCCACAUGUGGAAGAACCUUUAAUCAGAGAAGUAACCUGAAAACUCACCUUCUCACCCAUACAGACAUCAAGCCCUACAGCUGCGAGCGGUGCGGCAAAGUGUUCAGGCGAAACUGCGAUCUGCGGCGCCACAGCCUGACCCACACCCCGCGGCAGGACUGCUAGAGAGGCCCAGGAUGUCCCCUGCCGCCGCGCUGCUCCCCUCCCCAGACACCUCGCUACGCCUCCCACCCGAGGGUCCCACCCCACACCCUUCAUUGACCCCAGCUCUGCCCUGGCUUGCAGCCGCACCUGCAGCUCCAGGGAGUUAAACUGUUCUUCGGGGAGGACUGAGAACUCUAUCCAAAGCCGCACUAGACUGCACCCCCCUUCACAAAGCGCAUGUGCUAGUUUCUUGUAGAUAACUCACAGCUCAUUUUAGAGCUCUGUACAUAAUUGUCGUGGGUCUUCGUGUUGUUUUGUUUUUGUAUCUUGUCCGAGGCACCUACAUGUGGAAAAAAAAUUGGAAGCCAAAUUUCUCUUUAAAGACUUUAUUUUCAAAAUAAAACUUCUCUUGUUU